AGUCAUACGUGAACAUGAAACUUUAGCUAAUAAGUGUCAACUGGUUGCACUUUCUUAUAUCGCAAAACAAACCCAAAGAAAUGGUUAGAUUAUUACAUGAACAGUUUAUAUAACACGGUAUUUAUGUUUGUGUUCUAUUAAGAAGUUGUUUUGCUACAGGAAAUAAGAAAUUGCGAAAAUGCUGAGUUUCUUCGGACUGCGGAAGGAUUCUAAGAAAUCAUCACCAUCAUCCGAAAGAGAAACUGAUGGAUUUGUUAUUAUAGGAGAGACAUCAGAGGAACAAAGGCAGAGUGGACAGAGCCGAAACGCAGCUUAUCUCUCCACCAACGUCAUUAUACAGCCAUCAAAGCCGCACAGUGCAGCGCUGAUCAAAUCCCCAGAACCCGCCCAGCCCUCCCCAACGCCCCCUGUCUCCAAACCUCCCGCAGAACCGACAUACACGGAUCCCGUCCCAGUCCUGUCAGACCUCCUCGGAGACAUUCCGUUCACCCUCGCUCCUCACAUCCUGGCCAUGCAGGCCGGCCCGCCGGGUCUUCCCGAGUUCAGCCUGCCUCGAGACAUCAACGAGAACCUGGCCAGCUUCUGCUACGACUUCAGUCUGGAGAACUCGGUGCUGUGUGAGCCGUGAUUUUAGCCUUAAUACUGUCAUCGGGUUUAAUUCUGUGAACGAUGCAACAAGGUUCUCGGUUGGUUGAUGAAAUGAUUGUUUUUUUGUUGAUUUAGAGUUUACAUGGAGCACAAAAAAGCCAAGUGCUUGUGUAGAGACGGGAUUCAGACGUAUCUCAAAGAGAUAAAGGGGGAUUUGAAAUGAUUUAGAUGUUUAAUUUAGUCAUUUGUUUUAUGAAAAUGCUGCAAUAAAGUGUUUGUAUUUCUUGAUUUUUCCUCUAUCGUACUGUAUCAGGUCCGUUAUUCAUGUGGAGUUUCAAAAUAUUUUAAUCCGCCUCAACUUGAUAUGUACACCAAAUUGCCCAAAGUAUAUGGACACCCUUUAUAAUGAUCGUAUUGAGGUGUUGAACGCUCUUUUAACUGAAUCAGCAAUCAGUCAGGUGUCCACAUACUUUUUGGCAUUUUUGGAUGAACGGUAUUCAGAUUUUCAGAUUUUGAAAGUCUCGUUCGACCUGAAUGUUUGCAGUGAGUGUUUGUUUUACUUGUAAUCACCAUGUGUUUCAGCAGGGAUGAGUUUUUUGUUUAAUAUGGGUGCUGCUACGUACAAGAUGCACUUUUUACAGAGGUUUAUUGCAACUUUUGGUUUGCGGUGUUUAUUUUUGGCUUAUUCGACUUAUUUGUAUUUUUUCUUUUGUGGUUUGAUUACAAAUGUCUUUGCAUCUUUCUAUUAAAUGUAAAUUGUUUCAUACAGUAUACAUUUAUACAAAAGUCUAGACCCCCAGAGUAAAAAUAAACACAUGCCUCUAUAUUAUUUUUUGUAAUUUUAGCCUUUUACUUAUUGAAAAAGUGUAAAUAUUAAAUGUGCCAUAAAUUGUCCUCUUUCAUUUUAUUUGAAAUAUGUUAAAUUCCAAGCUGCAAAUUUUUAUUCCACUAGAGGAGGAAACAAUUCACCAGGGGUGUCCAAACUUUUUCACAACUCUGUACAACACAUGUUUAUUUCCUCUAUCAGACACUGUAAUGCAGUACGUGAUAUCAAAUAUUAAAGCUGUAAUUUUUAUGUGA